CGAGGUUCGUCAGUCGACCAAGUAACGCGUGAUACGGUGAUCGUCGUCGAUAUAAACGCGCGACGAACAACGUGUACGGUCCAAUAACCGCGAAUCAAAACAUAAAACAACGAACAUAACCAUGUAACGCUCCGUGAAAAUCAAUAUUUUAAUAGUUGGAAAUUUUUAACAUUAAUUUUAGUUCGAAGUGAUUCGUACGCGUGUGUUUUUUCGUAUCGUUUGUAUCGUUUAUAUACAUGCAUAUUUCGUGUGAUAUCUCGCUCGAAUGAAGACUUUACUUGACGAAUGACCGUGCUUUUUGAAUAUAAUUCGCUUCCUUUUUGAUCGAAGAAGGAGGCUUUUCGAUCGGAGAAGAAAAGAGACUAGCUUCUUUGGUCUAGUGGGAAGAAGGAUGGAAGGAAAACAGCGCGUGUGACGUCGAACGUAUCGUAUGUGGAAUGUGCACAUGUGGAUAAAGAAAUCGGAAAAGAGAACACGCGUAUCUCGAACUUGAAAGAAGACAAAUGCGUCCACAAUGAACAGUUCCACCAAGUGUCCGUAAACUCUGCUCUGGCUCUUGCACGACAACCGAAUCAAAGAUCCAUGGUGGCUCCAUCGACAGAAUCAAAGCGAAGAUUUUGCAUUUCAAAGAAGAUACGAUGACCUUGCAAGAAGCGGAAGGCUCGCGAUCGAUGGUGAUCGAGGGAUCUGGCGACUCAUCGACUGAUCCGUGCGUCAGCAGGUUGUCGAAACCUUUGAUAAUUCGAUUGUCUAAUCGCGCAACGACACGUUGACCAUGACGUGGGAAAGGCGUGCGAUCGUCGGCACGUUGGUUGGUCGCUUAACGAGGACGAAGAAAGCUCGUCGAGGGAAAAAAGGGAUUGUCUAGAGGUCCCUGGUAAUUGGAUACCUGCGAUUUACAGGCAACAGAAAUAGAGAGAAAAAGGGAGAGAUAGAGAGGGAGAGAAAGUGACAUUUCCAGAGAAUAAUCGUCUCGUGUCUCCAUCGAGCGAUUUGGGAAGCUUCGAUUGACGGCUAGUCGGCUGGAACAACGUGGGACCAUCCGGAACAGUGAGCACACUGAGCACCGAAAUGAAGCUCGGGGAUAAUAUAACGAUGGAAGCUUACAACAUAUGGGGCGACGUUCCUGCGCGAAAAUGUCGGCCACCGAAGAUCGGCGACAUCCCAAAACACAGCGCGAUCGACGAAGAAUCCCCAAGCUCGAUCACCAAGUCGUUGACAGUGGCCACGCCGUCUCCAAGGGACGCCUCACUCGACGUUCCUCUGGGUAUAUCUACAAAUAUCAAACAAAUUUUCCCAUUACACUCCAGCGCUUCGACCGACCAAUAUUCUUCGAUCCGAAGAUUCGAAACAAAAGCCGACGACCCUAUUAGGCCCCAAUGCCCACAGAUAAAACGAGACUCUCAAUCUCUAAACAUUGUCAAGAAAUCCUCUUGUUCCCCAGAACAGACCGCUCUACCAAUCGACAACUUAGGUCUACUAAAAAAAUCGCCACAUCCAGACAAAUUAAAUGACCUGGACAAACAACUACCAGAAAGAUCCGCAGAUUUAGAAAACAAAGUGACCAUCAAGUUACCUUCGGAAGAAGCCACAUUGAGGUCUAUAGAUCGCGAAGAUUCCUCCAGAAUUCCAUCAAGCCCCGAAGAUAUUUCUGAGCAGGAAAUCGUUGAGGUUAGAAAGGACAGUGCUCUGUUCCUGGAGGAACCUGAAGGUCUGCCCACUCUUCGAGAGAUCCUUAGGUCUAGGAGUCCAAAGAUCGUCAGACCUAGAAGAGAGAGUAGCGGAUACGGAAGCAAUUUGGGAACUUUUGACGAAGAUAGAAGAAACUCGUCGUCCGCGGAUGUUUUGCAAGAUUUGUCGUCGUUUUUGAAAGAGAGACGAAGAUCUUCUACCGGUCCUAAACGGCUGAACUCGAGGGUGCUUUUUGGCAGAACCGAGGAGAGUUUGACUAAAGACGGUGAAGUUGGAAGGAUGCCUACGACCGAAGUUCACAGGAAGCUAUCUGGGGCUGGACUCGAGAUGCCGAAUAUCGAGGAGGUUAGGGAAGUUCUUAGGGACGAGGUCCCUUCCAGACAGGAGAGCUUGGAUAAUCUUUGUAGUCUUGUGAAGAGGGUUAGCUCGGAAGACUUCUCCAUGCGCUGUCGCCUUCUCGGAGAUUCUGCGGAUCAACGUAUCUGCCCAAAAGACACGUCAGGCAUAUCAACCAUCAAACACCAAGACUCGUCAGCCCUCUUCGAUUCUUCUCUCAGCGACUCGAUCAACCGUCUCUCGAUGUCUCCAACCUCGAAGAGUCCGACUCAACCAGUCGCACGUUCCACAACGCCAGCGUUUCUCAGUUCCAGUCCACGAGACAUCAACAGGCCUGUCAAUAAAUCCGACGAGUCUUUUGAUCGAUCAAAAGACACGAACGCUGAAAGACACAAAACUGUCGCGUCCAAAGUCAACGUAGAAUCUCAAAAUAAGCUCGCCGCUCUUCAAACCAGAGAGGAGAUGGUACAACAAUCUGUGGAAAACGACGUCCAAUUCGAUGUUCUUCCACGAUCGAUCAAGAUGUAUCAAUUGUUAUCCACCCAAUCUGAAGAUAGAUCCGAUGGCGAGUUGCAUUUGGACAGAAGGAUAUCGUUUCAAAGUUCAAAGCAGGAAGACGUGGCUACAACAAUGAUGUCAUCAGCGGUAUCAAUGAACGCGUCUCUGAACAAGUCUUCGAGCGUCUUCACGUUGAAAAGCAGCGUUUCUGGAGAUAAUCAGACAUUGACGUCCGGUGAAGCUGUUGACAGCUGCAACGCGAGAAAGGCAGUUUCUCCUGGAGAAAUUGGGACGAGUCAAAGGUUCCUUGGGGAUAGUGGAAACGUGUCUGCGAGACCUAUUUAUCCGUACUGUCCUUACUCGCCCUAUGGGAGUCCUCAAGGAAGUCCCAGGAAUAAGAGGAGACCUUUGAGAGAGAGUAGGAGAGUUUCUAUCGAUAACAGGCAGGGAGCUCUUCAGCUGAAUCAGUAUAAAUUAUUGGAUAAUAUCGGCCAGGGUUCCUACGGGAUCGUAAAACUAGUUUACAACGAGGAGGACGAGACUCACUACGCGAUGAAGAUUCUCAGCAAGAAGAAACUGAUGAAGAAGGCGGGAAUCUUCGGUAGAAUGGCUCCGGGGAAGAAGGGUGCGGCUAACCCUUUGGCGAAGGUCUACAGGGAGAUCGCGUUGUUGAAGAAAUUGGAUCACCUAAAUGUCGUGAAACUGGUGGAGGUUCUCGACGAUCCGGACGAGGACAACCUUUACCUUGUUUUCGAAUUGGUCCAGAGGGGCGAGGUACUUCAGGUACCGACCGAUAAACCACUCGACGAGGAAACUGCCAGGAAGAAUUUUCGUGACGUUGUAAUGGGCGUCGAGUAUCUGCACUACCAGAGGAUAGUCCAUCGUGACAUAAAGCCGAGCAACCUGUUGGUAGAUAGCGACGGUCGCAUCAAGAUCGCGGAUUUAGGUGUCAGCGCGGAACUGAGAGCAUCCGGAGAAUUAUUGUCCGGACCAGCCGGGACUCCAGCGUUCGCGGCACCCGAAACAACCACGCCUGGCGCCCAUUAUUCUGGAACGUUAUGUGACGUAUGGUCAAUGGGCGUGACACUCUACUGUUUAGUGACCGGAAAAAUCCCUUGGGAUGGUGCUGGGAGUAUAAUUGGUGUCCAAGCGGCGGUACGCAGCGAGCCGUUAAAAUUUCCGGAAAAACCCGUCGUUUCGGAAAAUCUUCGUGAAUUGAUCGCGAAAAUGCUGGCGAAAAACCCAGCUGAGAGAAUCAAGUUAUCAGAUAUCAAGGAACAUGCCUGGCUGACCAAUUGUGGCGCUGAACCACUGCCAAGCGAGGCUGACAACUGUCGACUUCCGGUUACCGUUACAGACGAAGAAGUAGAACGAGUGGUCACAAGGAUACCCAAACUCGACACGUUGAUUCUUAUCAAAACUAUGUUGAAACAGCACAGUUUCCAGAAUCCCUUCCUGCCGAAGAAAAGUGGGAAAACAGCGGGUACCGAUGCAACGGUGGAUAGCAUAGAACUAUCCUCAUCAGGAAGAGCUGAGGAGACCUCGCCAGGGAGGAAAGCCAUAAGAAAUGCAAAGUCGGAACGAUUUCAGAGAACAGGUAGAAGCAAUUCCGCGCCAGAUUCUUACGAUUGGCAAACAAACGGCAGUUUCAGGCAAAUAUCCAUAGACAGUCCACUGCCUCCGGUGACGGAAGCAUCCAGCCAAGAAACGGAGGUCGAAAAACGGUGAUAUCUUUAAACAAAUCGGAUCAACACGUCGAAGGAAAUCACGUUCAACCAAUCGGUUGGUGAACACGGUAUGAGCCGACUUAACAUUCGAUGAUGUAGUAAAAUUAACUGGUGCAAGAUUCAUAUUAUAUUUUCGACUUGGAACGUUUCUUUAGGAUUUUGAACAGCUAAAAAUUAUUUAAAAAAUUUCUUUCGAUAGUCGUUGUUCCAAAAUAUUUUAAUGGCACAAUUUUACAUAAAUUUUAAAAAACAGCGAAAGUCUUGAAAUAGCUUGGAAACGGCUACUUUUCGCGAGGACAGUUAGUUUCAAAAACAACGUGUCGCGAAUAUGAAAAAUUAUAAAAUAAUUUGUUCGAUCAUGUACCAAAGCCGAUUACUCGGCUGUACGAUUUAGAGUCGACAGACGACUUGUUUAGAGGCGGCGUUCAUUUGCGAAUUCGCCUUAAACUCGCCAGACGGUACUUCCACGAUUUGUGAAACCUGAAAGUAACGAAUUUAGAAAUAACUCGUUGCUACAGUUCGAAAACAGCUGGAGAAAAGACAAGCUGAAAUUAAUUUAAGGAAACGCUAUGAAACUGUCAGCGUAGACGGUCAAAUUAACGAGAAUAAAAACUAGGUUGGACUAUUCUCGGCUGAACCAAAUUUUCGAACGUAGAUGUAAGAAGGAACUUAAAUAUAUGAUAAAUAUAUUUUCCAUUGUCUGCUAACCUCUUCAGAUGACGUUCAUUUCUAGUCUUUAAAUAAAUAUGGUAUUGUAGAACAUUUUUAAAAUACUAAUUAUAUCCUGUGUACUCUUUGAAUGUUAUAAAAUAUUUACAAAAUUAUUUCUGUUUGGUUUAAUAAAUAGCAAAUAACUAGGAUACUAGAAAAUAUUCUUAUAUGAAUAUUUAUGUAUUUGAAAUAUUAUUGGAAAUAUUUACAAAGUUACAUUUUUUAAAAAUCUGAAUCACCACGAUCAGUGAUGAUACUUCAUUGCGAUUUAAAUUAAAAUUUUCUAAAUGUUGUUUUGUAUUUUUCGGUGAUUUUAAUCGACUAAGUUGGAGGACUACAAUUGGAUUUAAUUAGUUUAUUUUAACAAAUCAAUUCACACACUAUACUUCAUUAAACUAAUUUUUAAAAUAAGAAAAUUAACCCAAUGAUACAAGAGAUUUCUAAAAUAGAAAAUGUUUUUCUCAUUUAUACUUCCAAUUAAGCUUCCAAUUUAAAAAAUAGGAAGUUCGUUUAAAUUGUAAAGCAUUUGGUCUGAAGAGGUUAAUGAGACACUUGGAAGCCAGAUGGCGUUUUACUUACGAACUUUAACUAAUUGUAAGUAGCGUUAGGUAGAGGGCGAACUUUGCCAGCUGAAUGCUGAUAGAAUUAACCGUAUUUUCUAUCCACGUUAGAACGUAAGGGGCUCGAAAGAAUAGCCUGUUGAGACAACGACAUCGUUUUAGACUCACGUUAUCGCGAGAAUGGAACAUUGAUUCUCGACGAGCUUUUUUAUUUCUAUUCUUCUGUGAUGUAAUCGUGCACAUUUUCGUACUUCUACGUGAUUUAAGCGAUUCGAUAAAAGUCUUUUUCGUAACACACGGUUUAGGUAUCAACGUUUCCAAAAAAAUUGUAAUUCUAUAUUCGUUUUAAGCUCUAUUCGUUACGAGGAUGACAGUUCCUUUACGUAUUCUUAUUUAAGUUCUAUAAUAUGUGGUUUGCCUUUGUUUAUAUAUAUAUCCUCGAAAAAUUCAACGCGGAAUCGGGAAGAACGAUCGUGCGAUCUUUUAACGAAAAUCAUAGCACAUUAACCCUCCUGUGUUCUUUGGGCCAUUUUCGACCGAACAUUGUAUUCUUCUAUCGUUAAGAAAUGUUUGAUUUUGAGAAAAUUGAGAUGGAAUCAUUAUUAAUACGUGGAAGAAUUCGAUGAUCGCGGUAGGAUUAAUACACAGAAUGUCUCUGAAGCAUGAUCAUAUAGCAUAAUAAUAUUAAAUUUAAUGAAAUUGAAAGUACCCCUUAAAAUUAUACCAUUUUAUCUAAUGUAAUCAGCUGAUCGUAAGUUGUAACCUCGAAUCGCAAGAUCGUCUUUCCUAGCCCAAGUAAAACGAAGCCACGAACAAAUUGAUGUGACCUGUAUAUAAAAAGAAACUUAAGUCUCGCGGAUAGUGCGAAGCACGCGACCAAGCGAACGUAACCAAAGUCAGAUUCGUGAUUUCGUUGGACCUUACUGAUAUCCGGGGGACCACAAAUGUGUAUUUGAAUUUAAUCGAUAACCGUCGAACCUCACGACCGGAUACAUUCGAUGAUCAUAUCAUGUCCUGAUCUCACGAAUUCUCCUGAAACGACAGGAUUCACAAACAUGCCCAUGUUGGCGACUAGACAUCCGUUUCCUGGUGUUAUCAACGUUUAUCAGUAGGCUGCGGAUUUUUAUGCAUUUAUGGGCAAUGUGAACAUACAAAAAUACGCAAAAAAGAAUGCACGUAAAAUAUACAAAAAUACAUAUAAUAUAUAAAAUAUUUAAAUAGCCGUUAAUAAUAAUACCCGAUGUUUAAUAAAAGAAAAAAAAAACAAUUCUGCUGGAACUCUUAGCUCCCAUUUUUUCAAUGAUAUUUAUAAAAAUAUGAAUUUGUAUAAAUAUUCGCAGUCUAUUUAUUAGCAAGUAACAGUAGCUGUAAGAGCAAAACGACGUCGAUAGAUCGUCUACCGAUGGCUAAUAUUUCAUUUAUUCGUAAAAUUUUGAAAUAAUCUGUAGUACAGUAUAUAUUUUUAUAAAUAGAUAGAAGAAUGUGAUGAAGAAAGUAAAGCCACUUAAAAUUGUAAAAUACCUGUUUCGAUGAUAUUGGUUGAUAUAGAGGGUGUUUCAUAACUGUGAGACAUCAUGAACGACGAAUUGUUUGUAUUUAAAGAGUUAAACUUCAGAUCGCGCUGCAUUCGCACUAAGAAGAUCUCAAAGGAAGACAUGUGGUGCAUCGGUAGGCCUUCUGCGUCUAAUUGUUACGGGUAUGUGUAUCAUAAAAAGACUAGAAUCUUAUAUUUACGAUAUUUCUGAUGGUAUGUAAUAUUUUGAGCUGAAAAAUUUCAUCCAAUCUUACUCUAAACACAAUUUGCUUUCUAUGUAUCAAAGCUUACACUUUCUUCCAUCUUGAUUCUACCCUAAAAAAUUUUUGAAAUUUUACCUCGAAGCAUGAUGUAAUAAUCUAAAAACGAAACAAAAAAACACACAAAAAAAAAAGAUACGAAUUUUCAUCAUUAUCUCCUCGAGCUUAGAGAAUUUCGAUUUAGAUUACUAUUAAGAAUAUUUAAAAAUUUUCCACUGAUCUCGAACAAAAAUAUUACGUAUCCCCAGAAAUAUUUCUCGGACCGUCCCGUCGUCGAUAAAAAUCUCCUAAACGUUAUUCAAUGGCUCAGGUUUCGAUGACAUUUUUAUCCACGGCGGUACACUUUCGUGUAUGAUAAUGGAUGUAUCUCACACGUUACGAAUAUUCUUACGAAAUGCACAAGAUAUUUUGUACUUCGUAUUAGAUGCGCACUAUGUUUCUUAAUCUACUUGUAAUAAAAUAAACCAAAUUACGUGUAAAGUAGGAUUGGCCCUCAAUUGACAGUCAAUUUCACUCGACGAGUUAGAUUCCCAAACAAAAGCAAUGAAAAUAUCCAAUAAUUCAUUUAAAGACAGCUAAAUAGCUUAUAAUCUAAAACAGAUAAAUCUCGAAAUCUUUGAAAGUCUAUUAUAAAUAGAGUAAAUAGUAAAUUUUCCAUUUGAGAACGAGAAUAUUUCAAACGAUCGUCAUAAAUUGGCCAAUUGAGGGAUCGAUUAUCGGCGAUCGUGUUCGUGAUCGAUAUCUAACGCGAAACGAUAGAAAAAUCGAUCGUUGAAGCCGCGAGAGGUCGUUAACUGACGCUGUGACCAAAUCCAACAUGGCGAUUCAAGUGAAGCGAGAGUUGGCUAAAGUUUUCGACUAGUGUAUUGAUUUUCUCGACAAUCAAUCUCACAGACGAUUUUGGUUCGUUAUUUUUAAUAGACGAAAGAAAAAACAGUCGGUCGGUCGGAAGUGAUCACGUUUAGUCGUCUACUGCCAUAAUAUUGACCAGUGAAGACGAGCAAGGAGCGAAGUAUGUAUCUAUGUAGUACUUUUAUCGAUAAUUCACGGGUCUAGCCGAUGUACUUGGUAAAGUGGACAGGUAUUUGUGAAUCGUAUGUAACUCCUUUUUAUAUAAUUCUUAGGCGAAUUUACGAUUCUCCCCCUUUUUGCUCUCGGCUCGAAUCUGUCGUUGUUGUUUCCAAUUCUGUAAUUUUAUUCGACUGUUGUAGAGUGUCCUUUUGUCAAUAAUAACGAUCUUUAUAAAGUU